ACGAGCUGCGGGUCACAUCCGGUGGGUGGCACUCGUCGGCUGCGAAUGUCCUGCAGCCCUGCCAUCAUCGGUACGAGAACGUUGAAGACACACACAAGGGUCAGGCAGUGAAGAUCUCGCACACACACAGACGUGUUCUGCGUGUCUGGUGUGCAGGCACUUGUCGCAUACGUCGCCGGCAUGAACAGCACUAGGCUCCUGCCUGAUGAGAAACUGCGGACGUUCAAGACGACCAAAUGCCCGCUGCUAGCAAGGGGGCGGUGCAACCUUGGAGCUCAGUGUAACUUCUCGCACACAACCGAGUGGACGAGACGGCGUGUGUUCUAUCACAACAGCAGCGACGCCAUCAAGUACUGCCAUGUGCAGUGCCCAGACGUCCAGAUCGACUUCAGGCCCGAGGCCAUUCUGUCCAACACGUCCAUUCUGUCCAACACCUGCAAGCUGGGCGCCAAAUGCCCGUACUCGCACUCGGCCGGUGAGCAAGGGGGACAGAGAGAGAAGACACACAUGGCGUGGUGACAUAAGUGGAUAUGCGAGUGUGUGUGUCAUGACUGUGCUGCAGAGGAGAUAUUCUAUCACCCGCUGUUUUACAAGACCCGUGCGUGCCCGUCGUACCACUCAAAAGGCACGUACUGCAAAAGGCCCUACUGCCCGUUCGUCCACAGCCGCGCAGACCGCCGCAUACGUCAGGGACAAACCGACACGGAACAAACACCUUAUCUCCACCCACUUUGUGGGCACCUCUCUGUGUGUGUUUGUGUGUGUGUGUUUGUGUGUGUGUGUGGGUGUGUGUGUGUGUGCAGACCGCCCCGAUCACCAGUACAAGAUGUACCUCAAGUACCACCGCAACGACGGCAUCGAGCUGCCCCCCAUCGAGGGCGUCAUUCGGGUCGAGGGCCCCACCAAAGGCAGCAACGACCGACAGGUGUCACCAAUCCCCCGGUCCGCGACCACCAGACCCAACGUGCCCCCGCCACCACCCAUAGCCCUCCCCAUCGCACACCAGCCAAACGACCAACUCACCAGGAUACUCGACGCCCUUCGCAGCCUGCCCGAGACCGAUUGUGCCGACGUGCUGCACAACCUGGCCAAUGUGGGCCACAUACUGGAGGAGGCCACACCGGCGUCAACACACGCGUCUCCUGCAACCCCCAUGUCACUCGCGGACAGCGAGCUGGUUCCUCUGGAGUCGACGGCGCGCCCCCCCUUGGUGGUCAGCAACAUUGAGGAGGCGACGGCGGCGCUGCACGCCCUGUCGCGAUACUUCGAACACGCCGACGACCAGAUCAUUAAGGCCCUGCAACCCACCAUCCUCGAGACGGCCCUGCCCAUCGUGUUGGACUCGCUGAGCAAGCACCCGAUACCCGAGGCCGGUCGCACCAGCAGCCAGGGCGGCUUCACACCCACACCCCCACCCCCACCCCCACCGCCACUCGCCGCACUGCCAUCGCCGACACACAUCGUGACCGUGCCCAGCCCGCAUGACGAGGUGAACAGCGGUCGUGUGCAGAUGGGCAUGGGCAUGGGCAGGGGAGUGGGCUUCACCAUCAGCAGCGACCUCUCUACCGUUGUGCAGGGUCAGCAGGGGGGACGGGUGGGGUUGAAGAGGUGGGUGUAAUGUGUGUUGUGUUGGUGUGAUGGAUGGCUCAGCUUCGUCCAGCUGGUCCCGUUCUGGCUCGUCGGCACCGUCAUUCUGCUUCCCACAGGCAGCGAGUGAUGCCGCCUACAGCUACCGACAGGCCAGUCCCACGCCCCACACCACACUCACGGACCGCGAGCGUCAUGUGGCACUGCCGAGGGGUCUGAUCGACGAGGAGGGGGGGCUCUGAGAGAAUGGCCAAGGACGCAAAUAUAAAUGGCACAGGAGACGCAGGAGGGUGGGGAUCCCUGACUGACCUGCAUCCACGCUGCACACAUACACACUGACUGACUGACUGACUGCCUCAGUGCAUAUUUCUACGGCGCGUGAGUCGCACAGAAUACCAGUUGAGUUGAAGGAUGUCUUUUGAUUACGGGGGAGAGAGCGGAAAGGGUCGGUGGCUGGCUGGGUGCACGAGGACCGACUUACUCCUUGGUGACUUAUUCCUUUGCCACCGUGUUGUACCGUAGUUGUAUGUGCCGUGUUGUCUUGUGUUGUGUCGCCUCUUCGCACCGCCAUAUCUCUAUUUAAUCGACGUAUAUGGGAGGGGCGGGGGCGGCGACUUGAUGCAUGUGUGUGUGCGCGGGAUUUCUGCUUUCUUUUUCGCCGCCGCACCCGCGCAGCCAGCCGGUUGAUUCAUCAACGGCAUUCGGUGUGCUAGUCAAUGAAAUGCGUGUGUGAGUGGGCGCGUAUGUCUGACUCGCGUCUGGCCAUGUGUGUCUGUGUGUGCGCGCGUGCGUGUGGCUGCGUAUGUAUGUGUGUGUGUGUGUCCCUGCGAGCGCUUCAGGGCGAAACGGGGCCUCGUCUUAAAGGAAAGCAAGAACACUCGGUGGUGUCAGGGAGGACAUAGGGGCAAGACAGCCUUUUUUGGGCAUUCUCCUUCUGCCCUCCUUGUCUGUCCCUCGUGUGGGCUGAGAGCUAAGGAGGAGGGCUCGUUUCCGACACAAGAAGCGACACGCAAAGAUACUCUCGCAACUACCGAAUCGCGUCCGUAUCUGUCGUUUUGUGAGUGUGCCGAGUUUUCUCUGUAGUCAAUGCCAUGCCGUGUGUGUGCAAGAGAGUUACCGACUCAGUGACCCACUAGUUGCCUUUCAGCCGUCUUACCGUCCUACUGUCUUGUCUUGCCAUGCCUUACCUGGUCUUGCGCUCUCUCGGGUCUCUAGGGUGUCUGGGUGCGUGUCGCCUCCCUGCCUGCCUGCCUGCCUUCUGACUGAUUGAUUGCUGCUGCCCACUGUGUGAGGCUGCCUGAGAGAUGUGUCGUACGGCAGUGACAUAGGCACAUACACGCGUGUGUGUCGGCAUGAAGCUUCUUGGUCUCUUCUCGUCUCCCUCCCCACACUCGUCUCCCUCUCCGUAAUGUUCGCCGCCGUCCGGUCCCUCCCUCCCUCCCUCCCUCCCUUGUCCACACCUGCGCAUGCUCUUCCAUCUCUCCCUGCUUUUGUUGUGCACCGGCGCGUGUGUGUGCCCAUGAAGUGACAGAGAGCUGAGAGAGCCCACCCGUCCCUCCCCCCGUAUGUGGCUGCAUGCAUAGGAUUUAGCCGCCCCCCGCCAACCCCCCGCCACUAAACUACUCAACUCACUCACACUAACUACUCAGUACUCACCACCCACGGGAGCAAUUCGUUCGUCCUCUCUCUCCCCCUUUGUGGCGAUCCAUUGUUUGUUUGUCGGCCGCAGCAGAAGGACUGAUGUCUUGCUGCAGAGAGAGACACGGAAGAGCGAUAUGGACUGAGUGGAGAGAGGUGGGUAUGAAAGCCGUGAGAUAUUCGGCAUGCACCGUAUUACAAUGAGAAUUGCUUCCUGUACUUCUCUGAUGACAUUAGCCAUUACCCAUUCGUCUUUGCCCGAUUCGUCGUGCCUGCCUGCCUGCCUGUCUUACCAGAUUUUCAAGCCGUAGGCAACGAACUCACCAGAUUUUUGCGACCACAGCGAGCGGGCCGUUUGCCAGUCCCUGUGUGUGUGUGAGGCUGCUUAGGCUGGCCGUGUGACGUCGUGCCCAGCCUCGUUUACUGUUGCAUGAGAAAGUGCCCUUCGCAGUCUGCAUGUCUCUGUGUGUGUGUGUGAUUGUCCUCCUCUCCGUUGCAUAAUGUGCGUCGAGUGAAGGGGAGGAGUGACGAAACGAGCCAGGACAAGAGAAGACCAGUGGCGGUGCCUACUGAGAUUUUUGUACAAUCUAGUAACAGCUCGUGUGCGACACUCAAGGAAGGUGUCUCUCGACUUUCCCUGUGACUAUCUAUCUAUGACGGCAGUCUUUUGUCGGACAAACAGGCAGGUAGAGACAGGUAGGAGAUCUCGGUCGGCUGACGGACACGCCGCAGUUCAGACACACGAGACAUGAACAUACUUGGACAGGUGCAGAAAAAUUAAUCGACGUGAACAUUCAUCCGC